ACAAUAAGACACAACUUGGUACAAGUUAUCUAGUUCAUGGGAAAGUAGGCUUCAGGAUGAGUUAACUAGUAUAGCAACUUCCUCUUCCUCUUCAACAUCCAGUGAGUUUGGUCAUUAGUAAAAGUUACAAACAAAAAAUCCAGUCCAAUCCUUAGCACUAUGCCACCAAAAAGGAAGAGAGAUAUCAGAGGGGAGAUGGUGUCGCCAUCCAGGGGCAGAGGGCACAAAAAGCCUCGCCAUUCUCCCAGGCAGCAAAGGUCUGGAGCGCAAAGGAACGAUCACCCCCCCCCCCCACCAUGCCGAACCAGAGACUGCAGGGAAGUUAUAGCUCCAGGUAGAGCUUUCUGUCGACGUUUGAUUGAUGCAACAAUUGGCCUUAACAAACCACAUCACCAUACCCGGGUAACUUUAGAAAUGAAAGCAGACCUCAAAGUCUGGCUUGACUUCCUCCAAUCAUUUAAUGGCAUUUCAGUCAUUACCGAAGAAUAUGGCGGUGGUACAUGUCAUCAACUCGACAACAUCAAAGUCACAAAGGGUCAUGAAAAUUUGGGGCAAAUUCCGACGGCUAGCACCGGCAGCAGAUCCAUGGCCAACACCACUUCCCAAGAAUAUGUGGGAAAUUUAACAAGGGAGGCAAACAGACUUAUACAGGGUUCACUAUCAGCAAACACAUACAAAGCUUACCAGGGGGCUCUCACUAACUUCAAAAAAUUCCUGAAUAAUUGUGGGACCACAUUGUAUUUCCCCAUUCCUGUUGAUCUUUUGCUUAAUUUCAUUGCCCACCUCUCUAUUUCAGGUACAGCUUAUAGAACAGCUGCACUGUACAUUAGCGCAUUAUCAUAUAUACACAAAUUAAGAGGCAUACAAGAUAACACUCAAUCAUUCAUUGUCAAAAAAGCCUUGCAGGGUCUCCACAAAAAAAGAGGUUUCACUUUAGAUUCUCGAAUCCCAUUAACUAUAUCCACCUUGGAGCGUGUAGUAUCAGCAUUGCCAUCAGUAUGUAGAUCAUCUUACGAGGCAGUGUUAUUUUCCACAGUUUUCUCAAUUGCAUAUCACGGCUUGCUUAGAGUAAGUGAAGUUUUGAAUAUCCAUAGGGCACACAUCACGUUUACUAGAAGCAAGGUCAGCAUCUUAAUUCCCAGGUCCAAAACUGACCAAAUGGGAAAUACGACAACAUUGCAUAUUUCCAAACAGAUAAAUUCGGAUAUUUGCCCAGUACAGUGGGUACUCAAGUUUUUACGGCUGCGCCCUAAUGAUGGUUCCCUUUUAUGCUUUAUUCAUGUCGACAAUAAGGGUGUAACAAGAUACCAAUUCAACUACGUGCUUCAAAAAGCUCUUCAAUUCAUGAACAUUCAAGGACACUUUAGACCACAUAGCUUUAGAAUAGGCAGGGCUACAGAUCUUGCUAAACAGGGGUUUCCAGAUUCAGAAAUAAAAUCUUUGGGCCGGUGGGAGUCAAAAGCUUUCAGAAACUACAUAAGAUUAUAACAUGUUAGCAUUGUUAAAUGGAAUAUAGGCUAAUUUUGCCAAAGUAUUCCAGGUUUCAAGACGAUUUGGAUAGUGGGAUCUUCAAUACCUUAUUGGGCUGGUGAGGAGGCAGGGAGGAGACCGGGUGGAAAGAACCUUAAUCUUGGGACGGACAUCACUUGGAAGGGAAUUAGAGGGCUGAAAUGGGAAGAUAUUGACAAAGUGUUAACAGAUGAACUCAAACAUCAACCACACCCAGAUGUACUAGUCAUUCACGCAGGGUCAAAUGAUUUAACAACGUCUGGCAAUACUGCACUUAGAUUUUCACAUGAAAUUCAAUGUAGUUUGUAUCGUUAUAAUGUAUUGCUUCCUAAGACUUUGCACAUUUGGUCAACAAUGCCUCCCCGUCUUUAUUGGCAUGGCGCACCUCUUGGCAAGGGUGGGGCUAAGAUUGAUUUAAAACGGCGUAAGGUGAAUAAGGCCAUUAGAAAAUUCAUUACAUCCGAAGUUAAUGGGGCUUGCAUUUUUCAUGACAAAAAUAUCAAUGUUCAUCAAAGCAGUUUAUUUAGAUAUGAUGGAACUCAUUUAUCUGAAAGGGGGAAUAAGGCUUAUUUAAAUAAUAUCCAGGGUGGUUUGGAAUUCAUUUUAGGGGGAAAGGGCAAAAUUUUCCCUCCUCAGUAAUAUCCUUUGUUUGUUUAGUCAGAUUUCAGUUGCGAUGACGCGAUGACCUGUAAUUUCCUAGUUUAGGAUUGCUACAUAUAUAAAUAUUAAUUUUGGUGCAAAUUGUUGUGGGGAACAUCAUAUCGAUGUUAGUGGCGGGGUCAAGGGAGACAUCAUCCUUGUGCAUGCUUAACCUGUUUGUCUCUGCCCAUCUGCAUCAAAGCAUGAGGGGGGUCUCAUGGCUGUGUUUUAACAUGGAAGUUAAAUGCCAUUGAGGAAAUGUGUAGAAUAAAUGUAAAUUGCUUGGGAUCUGCAGCAUUUCAGUGCUCAGACCCCCUCUACCUAUAUAAAAGUAGGAGAGGCUACAGGCUGGUUGGUGUUAAAAUUCUAUACCAGGUAGCAAGCCAGAGGCAGGGUGUAAAAGCUGUGCAGCUUGUGUGCCUAGCCAUCAUGCGUGUGUCAGGCAUGGGGUUCCAUGGCACUCGCAUCUAAGCGAGGCCACUAGUUUGCCCGUUUGUUUAUGAUAUCUUAGUUGUCUCCCUUGACUCCUACAAAAUUUGCGGCCAUUUCCAUCCAACAUUGUGUGUGUUGUAUUAUUAUGAACUUGUUUCUCAAUAAAUUAGUAAAGUUAUAAUUGGUGUUU